AUGGGUCAAAAAUUCCCCAACGAGCCUAUCACAAAGACUAUCGAGGAAGAAUAUGUACAAGGUUACAACUAUGCCAUUUCAAGAAUAGUCUCAGAAAGUACUUUCAUCCUCAAAGACUUCAAGAAGGAGACAAAUAAAAGCUGUGGGAUUCUACGCGGUUGGAUCAGACAUGUGAAGCUCGUCGUUUUGAAAUGUGACAUGUAUACCAAGAUUGCUUCUGGGUGCCCAGCUUGUUCGAGACUCAUGGAAAGAAGAGAGUCUCCAAAUAUGGGAAGCAUCCGCUCGCAAGCCUUGUCCAAAUCCGAGAAUUUGAAGAAGCACCCCAUAAAGGAGUUGCCCAUCUUCUUAAAUGCUUGUGAGAGGGGUCUUCACAUGGUUUGUUCCAUGAUGGCUUCGAUUCAGAUGGAAAUCUCGCUUCAUUUCGUCAUUGAGCUCGAAGGGUUCUUGGUGUCGUGGGAAAAUGGCGAGGGUGACGUCUUCAGAAAUCUUAUGGAGAAUAUUGACCGCAAAAAAUAA